GUUUUGAGUGACGUUAUAGCUGACGUCAGGUCGUGACGUAAGGCGAGCACGCGCGUUAACGUCUUCUCAGUCCGCCGACAGGAAAAAGAUGGCAGCGUCCGUGUGCAGGUUCGGGGGAGCCGUAGGCCAAGCUCUGGCUAAAGCUCGCAGUCCUGUUUUGCUUUCUUUGAGAAGGGGACAAGCAUCUGUGUCUUAUGCUCAAAGCCUGCUGAGUGCUCCAGAGACACGGGUCACGACGCUGGAGAAUGGGCUGAGAGUGGCAUCUGAGACAACAGGUCAUGGCACCUGCACUGUUGGCCUGUGGAUCAAUGUCGGUAGUAGAUAUGAGUCUGAGAAGAAUAAUGGUGCUGGAUUUUUCUUGGAACAUUUAGCUUUCAAGGGCACAAAGAAGCACUCCCAGGCUGCUCUUGAACAAGCAGUAGAGUCAAUGGGUGCUCAUCUCAGUGGAUACACUUCUCGUGAACACACUGCCUAUUACAUGAAAGCCCUGGCUAAGGACCUACCAAAAGCGGUGGAGCUCUUGUCUGAGGUGGUGCAGAGUGCAUCUCUGAGUGAGGCUGAGAUUGAGCAGCAGAGGGGUGUGGUGCUUCGAGAGCUGGAGGAGGUGGAGGCCAGUCUGCAGGAUGUCUGCUUGGAUUUGCUCCAUGCCACUGCAUUCCAAGGCACCCCACUGAGCCAGAGUAUCCUUGGACCCUCUCAGAAUGCCAGGACUCUGACACGUCAGGAUCUGGUUGAGUACAUCAACAGUCACUACAAAGCUCCUCGCAUGGUCCUGGCUGCUGCUGGAGGUGUGAACCAUGAGGAGUUGGUGGGUCUGGCUAAGCAGCACUUAAGCAGCAUUUCAUUUGAGUAUCAGGAUGAUGCUGUGCCCCUGCUGUCCCCUUGCCGCUUUACUGGUAGUGAGGUUCGAAUGCGUGAUGAUGCCCUUCCUCUGGCACAUAUUGCUAUUGCAGUAGAGGGGGCUGGGGCUGCCAGUCCUGACAUUGUGCCACUUAUGGUUGCUAAUUCCAUCAUUGGCAGCUAUGACCUCACAUUUGGAGGUGGAAAGUAUCUGAGCAGUCGCUUGGCAAGUCUGGCUGUAGAGGGCAACCUUUGCCAUAGUUUCCAGUCUUUCCACACCUCCUACAGCGACACUGGACUGAUGGGCAUUUAUUUUGUCACAGACAAACAUAAGAUUGAGGACAUGAUGCACUGGGCUCAGAAUGCAUGGAUGAACUUGUGCACCACAGUCACUGAGAGUGAUGUAGCCAGAGCAAAGAAUGCUCUGAAAGCUAGUUUAGUAGGACAGCUGAAUGGUACCACACCAGCCUGUGAUGACAUUGGCAGGCACGUUCUCAGCUAUGGCCGUCGUAUCCCGUUGGCUGAAUGGGAUGCCAAGAUUGAUGCUGUGACAGCCAAGAUGGUGCGCGAUGUUUGCUCCAAAUACAUCUAUGACAAAUGCCCUGCUGUUGCUGCUGUUGGUCCAAUUGAGCAGCUUCCUGACUACAACAGAAUGCGCAGUGCUAUGUACUGGCUCCGGUUCUAAAUGCUCAUUUAAUUUUACCAAAUUUCCCGUUUUCCUUAUUUCUUUUAUACUCUGCUUCCCAUUCUACAAACAUUUCCCCCACCUUUCAACCCCUACUUUCCUCCCUUUGACAAUGAAAAUCCCUGUUCCUGGUUCUUCACCUCUUUAUCAGGUAUAGACACAAAGCUUACACACACAGACUUGUAGGUCUGAGUGUGUUUGUGUGUGUGUGUAAACCAGAGCAUAAUUGAUUUGCAUUUGAUGAUGAAUUUCAAUGCAGAAAAAAAAUGUAAUUAAAGGAGGGGGUGGGGGGUAGAGUACAUUUAGAAAGAAGAUGCGGGAAAUUGUCCAACUUGUCGAAAACAUCUGAAGUAUUUAUGAAAUAAUGUGAUGUUUUGUUUCUGUCCUUUAUUGUACAUAACAGAAGCUCCCAUUCUGAAUCCCAAUAAAAUACUGUAAACACCAA